AUGACCAAUGAGGAUGGGGAUAUACUAAUGGCAGAAGCGCAUUCUUCCUUCAAGAAGGACGAACAAGGAGAUACCAUAAUGGAUGAAUCAGAAAAAGGGGAUAAAGUUAUUGCUCCCAAGGGAGGUGAUACAAAGGACGUGCCUCUGUCGCCCCCAAUUUCUUCAACUGAAACCGAUACCAAGUCAAAAAUUUCUGUUGUGGGACUUGAACCUCUUGACAAGGAGGGGGUUAAUAUGAAGCCUAAAGAAGAACUCGGUGCACCGACUACGCUGAGCGUGUCCCCGGUAAUACCCACUCAACCUGGACCCCCUCCCAUGACCAAGCCAACACCACGGUUAGUGAUAGAACAACUUGUACUUAUUAAUUUUAAAUCCUACGCUGGAAAACAAGUUGUCGGGCCAUUCCAUCCAUCUUUUAGUGCCGUGGUGGGACCUAAUGGUUCAGGAAAGUCCAACGUUAUUGACUCUUUGUUGUUUGUGUUUGGCUUUAGAGCCUCAAAAAUGCGUCAGUCAAAGUUGAGUGAACUUAUACACAAUUCAGAGAACUUCCAAGACCUUCCUUUUUGCCGGGUGGAUGUUCACUUUAAAAAAGUGAUAGAUAAAUUUGACGAAAAUGGUCAUGGGUACGCCGAGGAUGUACCCAAAUCACAACUCGUUGUGUCGAGAAAGGCCACGAGAAACAAUUCCUCUCAAUUCUACAUCAACAACCAUGGAAGUAAUUUCACCGAAGUAAGAAACCUUUUGAAAGCCCAAGGUAUCGAUUUAGACCAUAAGCGAUUUCUUAUUUUGCAGGGUGAAGUGGAAAGCAUAGCGCAGAUGAAACCUAAGGCCGAAAAGGACAGCGACGAUGGCUUAUUAGAGUAUCUUGAAGAUAUUAUAGGUACUUCCAAGUACAAAGAACCAAUUGGAGAGUGUCUGUCCCAAAUUGAUGAACUCAACGACAUUUGCAUCGAGAAGGAGAGAAGAUUUGUGUUUGUUGAGAAGAGCAAAAAUGAAAUGGAAGAGCCCAAGGAAAAAGCACUAGCGUAUCUUAUAGACGAGAAGAAAUACCUUGAGAAGAAGGCUACCUAUUUGCAAUUUUCUCUACGUCGAGAUCAGCAAAAGCUUGAUACCAACAAAGCAAAUUUAGAGCAGUUGAAGCAGAGUCUAGAAACAGGAAAGCAGGAGAGUUCCCGUGCAAAAAUAGAGGUGAAAUCGCUGCGUACUCAGCAUGUCCAACUUGGUAAGGAGAUUGAUCAAAUUGAGACUCAAAUUCUUACCCUGAAGAAAGCACAUAAGAAGAUUGAAAGAGAGAAAGUGACAAUGGACGAAAAAAUCAAACAUAUGCAGAGCAGUCAGAAGAAAGCAUCGAAAUCAUUAGAGUCACACAAACUUGCACUCAGGGAAGCACAGGCUACCCUUUCCAUCAAUCAGCAAAACAUUGAAGGAUAUACAGAUCAAGAACAAGAACUUCAGAUUAAGCUUACUGAAGAAAAGAAAGAGUUAGAAAAGAUAAAAAUAGAACUGUCAGACAAAACCAAAGAUCUUUCUCAGCGGAUGAAUGACCUUCAACGAGAGCUUCAACCAUGGCAGAAUAAGAUUGAUAGCAAACAGGGUGAGCUGGAUGUCAAGAACUCAGAGUUAGAGAUUCUCAAGAAACGUCUUUCUGAGUUUGUGGAAGAGGAAACUUCAUUAAGGCAGGCUAUAGAGGAGAAGACGGAACUUGUGAAGUCCAAAAAGAAGCAGAUCGCUUUACUUCGACAGGAAAAAGCUCACGUGAAUGGUCAAAUUGAGCUGGGCGAGCCCGAAGUGGCAGACGCUUCUAAAAAACUUAAAGAGAUGGAAAGGCAGUUGAUGAGCGCACGUCAAAGAGCAGAGGAUGCUAAAUCCCGCGUCAGCAGGUCAGAAUCCAGAAACAGAGUGCUUAAUGCAUUGAUGCAUUUGAAACAGACAGGAAGACUUCAGGGUUUCUAUGGUAGACUUGGCGAUUUGGGUAUCAUUGACGAUAAAUAUGAUGUUGCCGUUUCUACCGGAGGAGGAUCUUUAGAUGAUAUGGUAGUGGAUACCGUUGAAUGCGCUCAACAGUGCAUUCAGUACAUUAGAAAGAAUGGAUUGGGCUUUGGUAAGUUCAUUGUUUUGAAUAAACUUCGGCAGUUUAACUUACAGCGUAUUCAAACUCCCGAGAACGUUUCUAGAUUGUUCGAUUUGAUUGAACCUGUUGAACCAAAAUUUGCAGCUGCAUUCUACUCGUCGAUGUAUGACACUUUGGUGACAGAGAAACUUCAGGUAGCCAAUAGGGUGGCGUUUGGAGGGAGAAAAAGAUGGAGAGUAGUUACAAUGGAUGGCAAACUCGUUGACUCUAGUGGCGCCAUGUCCGGUGGUGGUAGUACCGUUUACAGGGGGGCCAUGAAAUUGAGAUCUAAGCACCCUUCAGGAGCCCACGAAAUUACCGAGCAUGAAAUGCAGAAGUUGGUGAUGGAUAUGGACAACAAGGAAAAGGCCUUUCAAGAGGCUACCACGGCUUUUAGACAAAUGGAACAGGCAUUGAUUGAAUAUAAAGAGAGGUUACCUCAGAUUGAUGUGGAAUCUUCGAAAUUUGAUAUCGAAAUUCGAUCUCUGAACGAGGGGAUAAAGACUGCAGAAGUGCGACUAAAAGAGAUGAGUAAAGAUAGUACGCAGAAGAGACACACAGAGACGGAGAUUGAAAGCGUGAACAGUGUCAUCACCGGACUUUCAGAUGAUAAGGCCCAUUUGAAAGAGCAGUCUUCCGGAUUACAGCAGAAGAUCUCAGAGAUCGAACAGAGAAUAAUGGAUAUUGGGGGAGUGAAACUGAAGAUCCAAAAGGCGAAAGUAGAUUCUGUGGAGCAGAAGCUCGAGAUUCUUGGCGAGAAAAAAUCUAACGAUGGGGUGACUGCUUCGAAAGCAAAGAAUCAGAUUUCAAGACUCGAGAAACAGAUCAGUGAUAACGAGAAGGAGAUUGAAGAAUGUGAUGAAUCGAUAGCAUCAAUUCAAGCUGAAUAUAAAAAAGAACUAUCGUCGUUUCAGGACUCAGAGAGUCAUAUCAGAGAGUUACAAAGCUGCAAAGAUGACAAGCGGGACAAGAAGGAGAAAUUAGAAGACGAUUUGGAAGAGGUGGAGUCGAAAUUGAACGAUCUUCGUAAGAAAGAGAUUGAGUCUAUGGGAGAAAUAGAGAAAUACGAGUUGGCCGUACAAGGUUGCGAGAAGAGAAUUACCAACAUGACUGAGAGUGCCGGCACAUUUCAGGUCAGAGAUAUCGAGGAACUAUUGGGAUGGAUGGAUCCAAAAGAAAGAAAACAGUAUUCACAGAAUCGGGAAUCACUUCCUAAGUUGAGACCAGAGGAAUUGGAAAAGGUAGAUUUUGCUGCAGUGAGGCAAGAGGUAGACAGAAUGGAGGAGGCAUUGACAAAUGCAGAGGUUGAUCUUGAUGUUUUAAAAGAGUAUUCAGGGCGAUUCACCGAGUAUAAAGAACGUAAGGAUGCUUUUAACGAGUCAGUUUCUGCUCGUGACAGUGCCAAAGAGCGUUGCACUCUGUUGAAGGAACAGAGAUUAGACGAGUUCAUGGCAGGAUUCAAUGCUAUUUCAUCUACCUUGAGGGAGAUGUAUCACAUGAUCACUAUGGGAGGUAACGCUGAACUAGAGCUUGUGGAUUCGUUGGAUCCAUUCUCGGAAGGUAUUCUCUUCUCAGUGAUGCCGCCAAGAAAAUCAUGGAAGAAUAUCAGUAACCUUUCUGGAGGUGAAAAGACUCUUUCGUCGUUGGCACUUGUGUUUGCUCUUCACAGUUACAAGCCUACACCAUUGUACGUUAUGGAUGAGAUUGACGCCGCCUUAGACUUCCGAAACGUCAGUAUUAUAGCCAACUAUAUCAAGGGAAGAACGAAGAACGCACAGUUUGUGGUGAUAUCUUUAAGAAACAACAUGUUUGAAUUGGCUGAAAGGUUAGUGGGUAUCUACAAGGUGAAUAAUCUGACAAGAUCAGUCACUUUAGAGAAUCAGGAUAUGGUUCAGGGGGACGAACAGAAGGAUGCGAAGAAGAACAAGAAGAAAAUAAUGAAGGUGUAA